CACAGAAACACACACACACACACGAGGGACUACCUGGCUACCUGGACCCGGUUGGGGGAAAGAAUGUUUAGGUAGGUGUUUGUCCUGGGCCCUGUCAGUAGUGAACCAGUGGCGUACGAAGUGCGGACGUGUGUAGGUGGAUGUGUCAACACCCUUUCUGAUUAUUUACUACGUGAUCACCCAUUCUGGCGUGUACGUACGUUCACGAAGACCUCCUCAACACCAAUGACACAAGACUUAAGUCCAUAGUGUUUGUGUUCAAACCAGUGGCUUUGUUGAAUUCUCUCGAUGGAAGUGUUGUGAACAAACUUAACACACACAGUCGUAUUAUUAUUAUAAAUUAUAUACCGUAGUCACGAUACAACAGUAACGUCACAUAGAGACUUAGACUUUCGAUUUCGUUAACAAAAAGGCUAGUUAACUAUAUUGAUUUUCUCUUGACCUGUUACUUUUUAAUUAAUGUAAAUGGAUUUUUUAAAAUUCGUGCUCAGAAUCUACGAAAUUAUUUAAAUUUAAAAAUACUUUUCUUUUGGACAUUUUAAAUUUACAGAGUUAUAAUUAUAGCCAUCAUCCCAGUUAUGAGUGUUUAAACGCGUAAAUUAGUUAUAAAUAGUGUAUAAUUAACCAUACUCUGCCAAUUUAUACGGCGAUAUUUCAGUGAUUAGUCCAUAUUUGAUUUUGAACGUUGGGAUUUCCGCUGUUUUAUCAAGAAGGCAAGGGCGAAAGAAGGAUAACAAUACAGAACUGGAUCUGAUUCACGCAGUCACACAGGUAAGUGCUUGUUAAGUUCCAGCUUCUAUAUACAGCUUCUGUUAGUAACAAUGUUACGAGGUACAAGAUAAAUCACCAUGAUUAUGCGACAUGUGUUAUUUUUCUUUUUUUUUUUUUAAAGGAAAAAGAUCUACAUUUUAUCAUAUGUAUUAUUUCAUAAUAUUUUCACAUCUUUUUAAAAUGUUAAAAAAAUUCAUUGGAGCAAAACAUUGGUUGGUGGGUAAACACAUUAUCCCAUUAAUUGAAAUUAUGCAAAGGUGCCGCCAAGUAUUUAAGACAAUAUAAAGUUCAGAAUGACUAUGUUUGUAUGUACGUAUUUAUCUUUUUUUCUAAAUGGUGUGUAUAUGUAUUUUAAUCCGUUACCUCCUGGCCUAUCCCCUGUUCCUGAAAAUGUUGGUUAAGAUCCGUUUAUCACAUAAGCUGUAAUUAAUAAGUGUCGUAAACAGCGCUUAAAUAAUAUAUAUUUAAAUGGAUUGACAAAGCCACGUUAAAAAAUCUGGGAUGUUCAAGAUAAGUUCUUUUUUUGAUGUACGCACUGUGACCCAAAUUUUAUUCAGAAUGGCGGGCUUUCAAAUACGUAUUAAUUAAUGGAAAUUUUGUGUUGGUGCGCAUUUUAAGUGACAUCAAAAGGACAUAUUAAAGAUGUGUGUGUGCUGGGGGGGGGGGAGGAGGCAUUUUUAGUAUUUUACCCCGGGGGAGAUGUAGUCACUGGUAUGUUUUUUUGGGGGCACGCAUUUUUAUUAACUAAGGUUUAAUUUAUGUUCAUAGAACAUUGAGUUUUCCACAAAAAAAUUUUUAAUCAUUUUUGAAGCCAUUUUUGAAACUAAAGAGACUUUGUUUAGUGCAACCAUGUUCUUUAAUUCAACGGAUAUUAUAGGACAUGGUGUUUUACGUAGCCUACAUUGUACAUGUUCCAUCGUGAUUAGAAACCAUAGUUCAUUGCUGCGUGGUAAAAGAGGGAUUUUUACUUUAUAUGACCUGGUACUAAUAAUAAAAAGAAAUUCAGUGGCGUGCAUAAAGGGUGCAAAUGGGUUACUACGGUUUUAAAAUCCUUUGGUUCUUUUAUUCAUUUUUAUUAUCAACUUUAUAUUAUUUUUUUAAUAAUAUUUGGGAGGGGGGGAGAUAAUCUAAGGUUGGGGAUCUAGAUCCGCUGAGCAUUUGGUCAGACUCGUCACUGAAUGGGUGGGUUCAUGAUAUCAACUGAAAGUUCGACACUAUAGAAGCGGGCUAAUUAUCUUAAUCUAGGUUUAUUAUGAUUAUUCCAUUGGGUAUCUUGACCAGGAAGUAUUUUCAUUCAUUUAACUUUAAACCAUUUGUAUGUCCUAUCAAUGUGGAUCAUUAGGAUGAUUAUGUAAAGAGCUAUUCCUAUCACAUCAGGACCUUCUAUUUGUGAACCUUUCUUUUUUUUUCUUUUUUUUUUUCAAAUUAACUACCUCAGGCUAUCAGCAAAGAUAUCGAGACUCAACAAGUGUCCAAUGUUAGACUCUAAAAAUGUCGGACUCAACAAAUGUCCAAUGUUAAGACUCUAAAAAUGUCCAAUGUUAGACUCUACAAAUGUCCAAUGUUAAGACUCUACACAUAUCCAAUGUUAGACUCUACAAAUGACCAAUGUUAGACUCUACAAAUGUCCAAUGUUAAGACUCUACAAAUUUUUUAUGUCAGACUCUACAAAUGUCCAAUGUUAGACUCUACAAAUGUCCAAUGUUAGACUCUACAAACGCCUAAUGUUAUACUCUACAAAUGCCUAAUGUUAGACUCUACAAAGUCCAAUGUUAGACUCUUCUAAUGUGCAAUGUCCUUAUUACGUUUCUGUUUACUGUCUAAACUGAUUGUCCUGUUUACUUUGUACUUUGUCUUUACGUGAAUAAGCAUAAGCGCCGGCUACUUGACGAUAUAUUUCCAAUCAACGGGAACAUGACUUUCUAUUUCUUAUCUGCUGAAGAGAUUACGACCUGACUUCAGAGAUUAGAUGCGUCUUGUCCCAAGUGUGUGGCAUUGGGCGUUUUUUUUAAAUGAGUUAAUGUAUCAAUAAUGAGUCAUCGCCGUGUCAAUUAUAAUAAUUUAGUCGUUACAAAAAACCCAACAAGUCGUUCCUAGUACACAGCUGCAUACUUGCUGGUUGCUCUGACACACAAACAAUUAGUGAUUAGUUCCGAAUAUUUUUUUUAAUGAAGUGUUUGUUCGCAUACCGAACAGCUGCACAGCAUGUCUCGAACUAUUAAUAGAAUGAGACAAGUUUUUUUUUUUUAAAUGUGUUGGAUUGAAGUUUGGAACACGGUUAGAUUUGGUUAUUUUAAAAAAAUCCCUUUAUAUGACAUGGAGAGGCUGAAGGGAAGGGGUCGUCAAAUUACGGCACGCAUGCCAAAUCCGGUCCGCCAAGGGUCCUUAACCCGUCCACGGCACGGGUACCCGGGUAACAGUGAUAAAUUAUGGCACCGGACAUUGGUCAUCUCGCUAGCCCAAAGCAGACACAUACUUUUAAUUGACAUUCUUUUAAGUUUACGUUAAGUAAAAGUAUUCUUAAUGUUAAUAUUGAAUUUGGCCAAACACACUUGCCUAUUAUUUUAAUUUUUUUACAAAUUUAUCCACACAGACUCGCAAGAUAUGUAUAACAAAUUCGUUCAAGGCUUUGUAACACAAUCUUAUUGAUUGUCAAUUAAAUUGUCAAAUACGAUAAUAGUUCUCAGGUGAAAUAUCCUCCAUUUUUAAAUGACCUAAUUAUUUUUCUUAUUCAUAUCCCACAUCUUUGUAUCAUCCCUUCUCAAUGAGUCUGACGGCUUCUCUAACCACUCAGUCUAUCGGCGUGUCCAGGAUUUGUCAACUCCCAGUAGUUAAUGCUUCCGGUCCCAGAGCUCGUGUUAGUUUUGGGUCAGGUCAAGACGCACUUGACUAGUUCCAAGGCAUCAGUUUGGGGCCAGUUUAACUUUAAACCAUUUGUAUGUCCUAUCAAUGUGUAUCAUUAUGUAAAGAGCUGUUCCUAUCAUGUCGAGAAAUUCUAUUUGUGAACCUUCUUUUUCUUUUUCUUUUUUUUUUUUCAAAUUAACCCUUCAGGCUCGUAUCCUGAAAUUUGAUCGAAAGAAAUUUCGUCGACGGUAAUUUGAUCGAACGGAAAUAUGGUCGAAUCUGUUUUUCCGUUUAAAUUUUGCUUCAAAGUCUUUUUGAACGCAUUAUUUUGUUUUACUAUAUAGUAGAGUGCGUUCAAAAAGAAAUUUGACGAAAAUUUUAACGUGUGAACUGAAAAAAAAAGAUUCGACCAAAUUUCCGGUCGAUCAAAUUACCGUCGAUCAAUUUACCGUCGCCGAAAUUUCUUUCGAUCAGAUUUCCGGUAACCCUUCAGGCUAUUAGCAAAUAUAUCGAGACUCAACAAAUUUCCUUGACACAGUUUUUAACCUCUCCUUUUUCCUGGAAUAGUUGUUUUGACACCACCUAUUUAUUGAGCUCUGAUGAAGCUUGUGAUGCACCAAUGUUUGUAUUUUUUAGUUUGAGAAUGGUUUGUAUCCAGACCCCAAAAGCUAUUGCGCGCAAAUAUAGCUACAAGAAAGAAAAAAAAAAAAAAAAAAAAAAAAUCUUUCGAUCAGAUUUCCGGUAACCCUUCAGGCUAUUAGCAAAUAUAUCGAGACUCAACAAAUUUCCUUGACACAGUUUUUAACCUCUCCUUUUUCCUGGAAUAGUUGUUUUUACACCACCUAUUUAUUGAGCUCUGAUGAAGCUUGUGUUGCACCAAUGUUUGUAUUUUUUAGUUUGAGAAUGGUUUGUAUCCAGACCCCAAAAGCUAUUUCGCGCACAUAUAGCUUCAAGAAAUAAAAAAAAAAAAAAAAAAAAAAAAAAAAAAAAUGCCUUUAUUUAAAUGUUCGGUUUUAAUGAAUCAUAUUAUUAUUUUUUUUGCUGCAUAUUCUGCUGUCUUGAGAAAAUCCGUUCUUAGUUUUCAUUUCACUUCCCAAUAGCAAUAGCAUGUUUGGAUUCAUGGUUUAAGCAAUUACGUGUCUAGAGGAAAAGGGCUGGAUGCUUUAUUGACCACCACGUUUUUUUUCCGUCGUGUGUUUGAUAACAAAAUCUAUUUCAUUACAACGCGCCUUCUCAUCCUUCCUUUACCUUUAGGAGUAUUUCUUGAGCCCGCCCGGGUCUCCUUUACGCACCCCCCCCUCCCCCGUCUUACCAUUACCAUGUUAACACAUUUCUUGACAUGAGUUAUGAGCAACAAGGAAGUGACUCCGAAUAACUCAAACUUUGUAAAGUCUUUAAUCUAAAUCCGAUGCCACAACAUCCCGAUAAAGCGGGUAGACGAGGACUCUAGACAUGAGCCAUGACUACCACUCGAGAUAACCGAAGAAGUGCCCGGGUCUACUCAUGUAAUAAUUACUUCACUGACAUCUCAUCAGCGGGGUUGGUCCUGAAAUGAACACGAGACGUCGUGACGCCUCACUGCGCUGUUAGGAACUGAGUGGUGUUCAUUGAUAACACAGCUGUGUUGACAGUGUUGACAAUGCAUUUGCGUGUAACAACUGUGUUUGUAGUUCUUGCGGUAACACAGCUGUGUGUAACACAGUGGUAGCUGUGUUGACCAUUCUGAAGUAACACUACGCAUUGAUAGCUGUGACUGUGGUGACGGUUCUGAAGUAACACUAACACUACACAGUGGUAGCUUUGGUGACAGUUCUGUAGUAACCCAGUGAAUGAGAGUGACAGCUGCCUUGACACUUCUGUACUUACACAUUAGUAGUUGUCUUGACAGUUCUGUAGUAACACAUUGGUAUUGGUGGCUGCCUGGACAGUUCUGUAUUAACACAUUGGUAUUGGUGGCUGCCUUGACUGUACUUUAGUGAAACAUUGGCAACUGUUUUGGCAGUUCUAUUUUGAAGUGUAACACACAUUGAACAAGGUGUUAAAAAUCUGUGUUUAGCACGUCGUCAUCUGCCCAGUGUGAGGAUCUAGGAAAAGAAUAUAUAACACUAUUAGUUUUAACAAUUUUUGUUAACAAUUAUUUGGGUACCAUCAUAUGGCCAGCAUAGACAUUGAUGACUCCAGUUUUUAUUCAGUUGGGACCCAGGGUGAAGCGUUGAAGCAAUCGGACAACGCCAAUGCAUUGAGAAACUCGGAAAAUGAGCGCCCUUACCCAACGAAGCUUAACAGGUCUUCUCACUUCAUCACCUCAUGUCAUCAUUCAGCUAAUGAUUCACUGAGAGCUAUCCCAGAGAGUCUCAAAAUUCUUGUCCAACCUAGGAUAAGGUUUCCUGUGUACAAACCAAUAGGAUGACUCAGGCAAACCAAGUGGUCGUGUUUGACCAGUUUGAAGCCCUAGCUAGCCCUGGUCUCGUGCCCACCCCCCGCUUGAAUGAAGGUAAUGGGGUUUGGACUUGGUGAGGGUAGAUGAGAGGUUUAGGGAGGGGCGGUAACCAUUCAAAUGUCCGACCCUGACGAUCAGAGUAGGUGCAGGGGCACAGGGUAAUGGCUGCUGGGUUGGGAUCAGAGCUAACAAUUCAUUUUUGCUUGUCACGGGUCGCGCUGUCCCAUAGGCUCACGCAAAGUUCUAGGGCGCUAUUAAUUUGUUUGCUUUUUGAGGGGCCCGGAGUACGGUUUGGGGGGGGGGGCAGAAUUUGAAAAUCUUCCAUAUAAGUCUCAAGUUGUCUAGUAUGUUUGGUUAAAAGUUCAAGAUAUGUCUUAACCAAACACCAGGUAGCAUGAGUUCGGUGUUAAAGAGGGGGUGGGUGGAGUUGAUCAACAACAUUACGUCACUUGGACCAAAAACGUGACGUAUUUCGUUUCCCCUUUCAAUUUACUGUUCACGCCUACAUGCGGCGAAAAGCGAGCAUUCACAAUUGUGAUAACACUUUACCAUUUCUGCUAAGUGCGUAAUUUGAUUAGAGAUCGUUUAAGAGUAUCCCCCCCCCCCCNCCCCCCCCCCCGGGGGGACCCCCCCACCCCCCCCCCCCCCCGCCAAAAAAAAAUUAAUAAAAAAAUCAAUAUUUCAUCCCGGGUCGCCCUAACUUUCGAAUUCAGCCAUGGCUCGCCAGGACGAUGAUAAAUUUGCGCCUUGCAAACUUCUUGUAUGACCGCCAUUCAAUAUCUCGUGCGGGUCCCUUUGAAAAAAAUAAUGUUAAGCCAAUAUUUGAAACCCUUUUUUUUUUCCUUCCUCUCUUAAAAAAAAAAAAUCCUUUGACAUGCUGCUGGUCCAGUAACUGGGAGAGAACGAGUUGUGUGCGAGGUAUCAUUUCAAAACCUAUGCAUUGAGAUCAACACGGGUGUUUUAUUGAUGUUAUAGAAUAUGCUGUAACAGAAUUUGCAAUUCCCAAGGCUUAGCCUCGUGCAGUUGUUUUUUUUUUACACCCGGUUCAGUUAUUUUGAGAAAAUAUCACAUUUGUCUAAGUGUUUAAAAAAAAAAAGUGAAAUUCUAAUUUUCUGCAAUAAAUUUCGGCCUUUAAACAAUAGUCCUGCAGACAGUCCUACACCCUACCUGUUGGCCUUUAAACAAUAGUCCUACACCCUACCUCUCCUCCUCAUCCUCAUGUCCAUUAGUCCUUGGACCGUUGGGGCGCCACAGAUGACAUGUGAACCAUCCUCCUCCAUUCCUCUCUGUCUUCAGCACUACGCCCUGCAUCGCCCAGUGUUAGUCCUGUCCCCUCUUUGAUGUUAUCCUCCCAUCUUUUUCUUUGUCUUCCUCUUCUUCUCCCUCCUCUUGUGGUGCCCUGCAAUAUUUCUUUGUCAAGCCCUUGUUUCCUUGUUGCGUGGCCAUACCAUUGUAGUUUGCGUUUCUUCACAGUCACCAGUAGGUCAUCGUACUCCCCAAUUGCAUGCCGAACAAUUUCUUUCACUGUAUCAUUGGAGAUAUGGUCCCUAUAGCAGAUGCCAAAAAUGCUUCUGAAGCAUCCCAUCUCCAUCGCCUUUAUUUUCCUUUCAAGAUCGGCUGUUAAUAUCCAGGAUUCGCUGGCAUACAGGAAAAUGGAGAGGACUCAUGAGCGCAUCACCCUACCUCCCGGCCUUUAAACAAUAGUCCUGCAGACAUUUGUUACGCACUGGCUUCUAAUAUGAGAAACCAAUCUCCUAUGUUAAUUUUAUUGGCUCGUUGUAAACAGUGCCUUACAAAGGACGAUACCAUAGAGUCAACAAUAUUAAAGAUACGACACCCAAAACAGUUGCCAGUUACAAUUAAUUAAGAUUUAUUAAGUAUUAAUACAAUAACAAAACAAAAGAAAUAUAAUUAUAAAUCAUCAACUUACAGUAUGAUAGAUCUUGUACCGGUACACAGUUAAUACAAUGUGCCAAUUAAUAAUGAUGAAUGCGAAAUAAACACAUACAUAAGAGCACAACGAAUAAUAAACAAUACACGUCUCGUGAAGUUAAUAAUUAUCUAUCUGAAUCUCCGUCUCUCCGUCCGUGCCUGUCAAUCCCUUAUAUAGGUCGGGUAAACCCUGCCUUCCAGAAAAGACUUAUGAUGCGUUGUUUACAUUUCUCGUGUUAUCGAACACAUUCGAGAAAAUACCAGGAAGACAGUCUAACAUGUUUAAUUGGUAAACACGGUUGUAAACAAGAUGCAUCAAACGAAUAGGCCACGCCCACAACAGACGUUACUGUCUGAUAGGAUUCUAAUUUAAGUCAAGUAAAAUUCAAGCACGGGGAAUGUAUGCUACAUAACACAGUUCUACACCCUACCUGCCAGCCUUUAAACAACAGUCCUACAGACAGUGCUGGGUGGACCCGGCUGCCAUCAUUGAGAGAGCAGUGAGCAUGCUAAAAUAGCAUGGAUACUAAGCUAUAUAAGUAUAUAAAGUAUAUAUAUACUUUUCAGCUGCAAAUUUUCAACAAUUUAUGUAAAUAUAUAUUUAUAUAUAUUUAUUUAUUUAUAUGUGUGUGUGUCAUUAUCGAAAUUUCAAACGAUUUAUUCUUAUAUUAAACUUCUGCACAAUACCUUAAUGUACCGAAAGUUAAAGCUAUGGAAAAAUAAAAUAAUUUUUUUAUAUAUUUUUUUCUUUAAAAAAAUAUUUCAAGAGAUGAUUGCUAAAAGAUGAUAUAAUUGUGUAUACAGGUUAAUGAACAAAGAAAUGCUUUGGUUAAACAUUUAAUCAUAUCUAAAACGUUGUAAUAAAUGAGCACCAUCUGAAGUAUGUAACAAAAUAAUAUAUUAUGAAAGAUGCACACCUUUCCGACAGUGAAUAUGUUCAGGUGUUGUGAUGUGUUAUGUAGACGCACAGGUCGCCGUCAGCUGUCCCAUCUAUGACGGACAUAUCGUCUAGGGCAUGGUUCGGGAACCUAUGGCUCGCGAGCCAGAUGUGGCUCUAUUGAUGGAUGCAUCUGGCUCGCAGACAAAUGUUUGAUUAUGUUUGAACUUAAUAUUAAUUGCAUAUCAAUAUUUGAUUAGCAACAGCAUAACAACGCUAUUCAAAAGAAUUCAGAGACAUAAUUAUUGCAUUUUUAGUGUUGAAAUUACACAAAAUGCGCACAUUUACUUGAAUUUUUAGUUUUAAACAUAAUGUAUGGCUCUCACAGAAAUACUUUUCAAAAUAUGUGGUGUCCAUUGCUAUGUCAGACAAAAAGGUUCCCGACCCCUGGUCUAGGGAAUGAAUUUUCCCAAGGUUACAUCAAAGGAAUUAUUGCAUUCUUUAUGAAGGCAGCGAGGAAUUAUAUUGUAGAGGAAAGUAUUCCGGAACAUCAAGAAAAUGACUACGAUUAUUUUUCUAAGAAAUCUUCGAAUCCAACUCCAGAUAUAUGAUUCAUAUGACGUUUUCAACGUUAUUUUUCCUAUAGCAUUUUCAAUGUAGUCUGGUAAACCACAUUUUAUUUGAACGACUUGGAAAAAUACGUGGUGACGAAAUCUGUAACAACUUGGGCAGUUGUUGGCUAACUGCUGUGUCUCGCUGAAAAUUUGAUUAAGUUUUAAGUAAUCAUGAGGUCGAGACGCUCUAGACUUUAGAUACAUGAUCGACUACGAAGGUAGACCUAAAAACAACAACAAUAACAUUGGUGACCACCUUGAUGGGUCAUAGACAUAACAAAACAAAGAUGGCGUCGUAUCGGCAAUACUUGUGUAGAUGACGCGCUGGACUUACCCCGAUCGCCGGGUCAACCAUUGUUUAGCCACGAGACAAUCAAUUAUGUAAAUACUAAUCAUGGCCGGGGGUGGGAAGGGGUGGGGUUAUUUAGAAAGGAGAUUUAAUCGAUACGCUGCAGUGAUCGAACUGCACUCAACGAUAAGAAAGUCAUUGGAUAAGAUACUACAGUUUUGACACACAAUGUUAAUUUGGCAAAAUAAAUUGCACACGUUAAGGUGGUGGCGAAUUGUUAAGACAGCAACGUUUAGCAUACAAAUUAAUUGUUAUCUCAAAUGUUCACUCCGCAACAUAUUAGGAAGAUUUAAUUUUCUUUCCCCACGUCAUUUAAACGAUAGUAAAUAAAGGAGUGCGUUCAAGCUAUGUGAAGGACAUAGUAGAGGCAAGGUAUGUGGAGGACAUAGUAGAAGCAAGAAGUGUGGAAGCUUGAAUCAAACGUCAGGAGGAAAGAGGAGAAAGUUUUGGCCAUGGACCUUUCUCAGCGGAUUUGACAGACGAAAAAAAAAACUACAAGAAUUAGGAACUUGUCAUUUAAACCGCAUUUGUUUUCUUGAAAACUGAAACCGUACGAACCCCUUACACUAAACACACCCCGCGAGUCCUUUCACGACUUGUGUAAGCCAACACACACUCCACACUUACAGCCCCGCUUACUGACAAUAGCAUGUAAUGUAAAUGUAUAACUAUAACUAUACCGUGGUAAAAACCAGACCGAAAACACAUUCGAACAACGUCACCAACAUCAGUGAACCACGUCAUAUUAUGUACACAUGAAAGAAUUGCGUAAUAUGUAACCUAUACGUUUGUAUAGACAUUCGUCAAAGUUCAUAACAGAGAAUGAGGUCUAUACUCUCGGCACAUGCUUAUUUUUUUUUAAAAAAGCCAUACAAUUUUAUAGUAUUAAGAUUCAGAAGCGGGCACAGCGGAGAAAUGUCUUAGCUGAGAGUUGCCACCUGCUGAGUCUGUGUUGUCCUGCUAUUACGGAAUACCUCUCCUUAACAUAUCUUCUUUUAUGAGCUUCAAGCAGUUUGAAUAUUUAAAUAUUUAAUCUUGAUCGAUUAUACUCUCAAUGCUAGGGGUUUCCUCAAGCCCUCCUUGAGAACCUCGAAUAUGCAUAUGGAGUGGGUUACAGUGAGAGAAAAAUUAUCUCUCUUAUAAAGGGUAUGCCAUGUAAUGGCGGAAAUCGAUAUUAUGGCCAAAAUCUCAUUAAUGGCGGAAAGAUAUUAAUAAAUCAUCUUGGUAUUCCGUAUGGCCAAUCUCUCAACAAACUGUUCGGUACUUUUAAGUUAAUGUGAGACAGCGUACUGUGUCUUAACUUAGACGAAAACUUGUUUACAGCUUUAUUUUACGAUAUAUUUGACUAACAAAUUUGUUACUGCUAUAGAAAUAUGCGGAAAUGCAUUGUUGGAAGGUAUGUUUUACGAAGACAAUGUCUAAAAAUAGUAACUUGACGUAAUGCGAUGUAAAGUUUUCCGGUCUUGGCAAUGACAAACCCAAUUGUCAAGCGUGUAGAUGCUGUAAGUAAAUUAAAGCUCAAAUGAUAUUUCUUGACAAAAGAACGCACCAGAAGUGUCUGCAUAAUGAAAAUUGUGCCUUGAACCGUGUCAGCCCAGUGCGCCCCUUUUGCGUGUUCAGGUAGUUCAAAAGACGCCAUGUAAGGUGUUCACGAAGAAAACAAAAAACCGUAGUCUUAUGUCUUGACUUUAGGCCAGCAUAAGCUAGUGAUGCAAGACAACUAUUUUCUUUUUUUUUUUUUUUUUUUUUUGUGAGAGUUUUUUUAUAUUAAUAUAUAAGGCACAGUUGCAUGCUAACAACACAAUAUGUUUAGUGAACCUAAAGAAAGGCAUUUUGACCAGCGGUUCUCAACUUGUGGGUCGCAACAUCUUUGUGGGUCGAACGACCCUCACAAACACAAAUAUUUAUGAAGUAGCAACGAGAAUAAUUUUAUGGUUGGAAGUCACCACAACAUAAGGAACCGUAUUAAAGGGUCGUGCCAUUAGGAAGGCUAGGCUCAGAACCAUUGCGUUAGACAAACGAUCUAAGUUUUGUCGGUGAUGACGUGUAUAUCCUUUGCACAACAUAAUGUUGGCUGUAUACACUGUCUUAGAGUGAAAUGUGGAACAGGCAACGGUGAGUGGGCCGUGUACAGGACCGUGUGAGAUAGGAACAGGGAACGGGGAGUGGGGCGGGUACCGGACCGUGUGAGAUGGGGGGGGGGGGUGCUGUUUAGAGCUUGCCAAAAUCGUCAAGACGUCAAUUAUUCAUUCAAAAUAUGGGAGGAGAGGCGGGCUGAAUUCAGGUUUUACCCUGGGCGGGGCUCUUACUUAUCAAGCCUCUGGGCAUGUAAACAAUGGUGGUAGAAAGGUGGCUAGGACAUAGUUUAUAGGACAGUGGUAGAAAGGUGGCUAGGACAUAGUUGAUGGGGUAUUGGUAGUACGGUGGAUAGGACAUAGUUGAUAGGACUGUGGUAGUACGGUGGAUAGGACAUAGUUGAUAGCACAGUGGUAGAAAGGUGGCAAAGGACAGAGGUAGAAAGGUGGCUAGGACAUUAGCAAAGUUGUCGGUAUAACGAUGAAUAGGACACAUUUGAUAGGACUAGUAAAACGUUGGAUAUGACGAUGGAAAGGGCAAAGUUGAUAGAGGAAUUUUUUUUUUUUUUUAAAUUGACAAAAAAUGAAAGUACGUCAGUUCACCUGAUUAGAUUUUUUAAAAAGACACCAUAAAUUUUGAAUGUCACUCCGACUUUAGAUAAAAUAUUUAGGAUUUUAAGUCCAAUUUAAUAAAUGUCAUCUUCUUUUAGAUACACCAGCAGGUCGUCGUCAGACCUAAGACUCAAAGAACGUGACUAGCACUCCCAUUAAAAAAAAUCUCAGCCCCAUAUUAUAUUUACUGCACACACAGGAUGUGAUGGGGCGAGAGUCGCAAAAAUCCAGGUAUACAGAACAACGCCCAGUGACGUCCAACCUACUCCCCAUCUAAGUGAUUCAUCUGCCGCCCAACCCCUACUUCCACGCCGACUGUUAUUAAAUUUCCGUUCUCUGUCCCACCCCCACCCCCUGCUCCGGCCACCCAACCUUGAAGGUCCAUUGUUGUUUGCUAUGCAAGUCUUGCGCCUUGACGAAUUGUCUCGACGGACCGAAUCGGUCUUUAUUUAUUAACAGGAGCGUAGAUGUCUCUCUUGAAGAAUGUGCAGUGUUCCCCAACAUCAAGAUCCUGUCUGUACGACCACAGGUAUUCUGUUUGGUUGGGUGCAGAUAUUUUUAUACGUCUCUUGAGGCGGUCUUGGACCAACUGAACGCCUCAGUGCAAAGAAAUUUAAGAUUUUCUACCCACCCCAAACCCACACACAAAAGUAAAAUAUGUAGCCAUGAAAAUGGUAGGUGGAGUUCACACAAGAAGCGGGUCAAUGAAUGAUGGAACUGUACGGCGGGUUUAUUGGGUUGAUGACCCGUGGCCUUUCUCUUUCGUUAAGUAGAUGCUGGGAACCGGCAACUCACGUCAUUGCCCGGGGCGCCAUGUGCUUAGCGUGCCAUCAACGGUCUUCCAAAAAUAGGGGGUGGGGCGAUCACUGCAUGUUGGCGCUACGGAGGAAAAAUAGAAAGUGCAAUAAAAAAAAAAUUGGCUAAUCUAAAGGCUAGAAAAAAUGUCAUCGCAAGUCUAAUUGUUUGUACUGUCCAAAUGCAAGUUAAGAAAAACAAUCUUAUUGGUGAUUGUUAAAUACAAAGAAAACCCUAAGUCAUAAACUCACCACGUAAUCCCCAGUUUUUUCCUUGCACAAUUUUCUUAUGAUUACACUUAAAAGGGAGGCGCCAAAUUUCAGCUUGGCCGGGGCGCUAGCAUCUAUGGGACCGGCCCUGGUGAUGUGGAUUUUUUUGUUUUACUGCAAUGACUGUUCAGUCCGCUCAAAUUGAGUCACCACCUCAUUUGAAGUCUUCAAAAUCUUCAAUUAGGUCACAGCCCAGUUUACAUCAUUCUCUCCGAAUUCAUAUCACACCCAAAUGUGUCAUUCCCCAAUGUUAAGUCAUGCCCGAGUUUGUUUGAUUAACCAAUUGAAUGCCCCUCCUUCAAUAACGAAUUGCUGCCAAUAUACUCGGGCACUGGCAAGUACCGAUAAUAUUUUCCUUAAAUAAUUGAGUUGUUCCCUCAGAGACAUUAAAAACCACACAAAAUUAAAUACAUUGUGUCUGUACUCCCGGAGCCCCGCUAUGCACUUAGGCAUCAUAAGCUAAAUAUAUACCUGUACAUAACUCUUGCCAAUCAAAUGUUCACCAACAGCAUCAUCCCAUAAAUAAACACUACAAAAAAUGGGCCUGUCAUGCUCAAAGACAAUGUUUAAAAAAGGGGUGAAUUCCUCCUUUUUAAUGACAUCUCUAUUAUUGUUAUUCGUUUAUGGCCAUACAAAUAUAUUUCAAUUACUAAAAGUUUCAAUCUGCAGGUAAAACGCGGAGCUUUGAGGCUUGAAAGGGCCGCGAAAUUGAAAUUAAUCCUUAUGACUGCAGAAUGCGAAUGGCUUUUUUUUUUUUAUAGUUCCUCUUCAGGGAGGUGUGAUUAUACUUUUUUAUAUUGUCAUUUUUGGGCGUUGUGAAAAACGUUUGUGAAAAAGUGCCUUAACCAGUGUCCGCCCUGGCCGUAACCAGUGUCAGCCCUGGCCGUAACCAGUGUCAGCCCUGGCCCAACCAGUGUCAGCCCUGGCCCUAAUCAGCGUCAGCCCUGGCCCCAACCAGCGUCGGCCCUGGCCCUAACCAGUGUCAGCCCGGCCCUAACCAAUGCCAGCCCCGUCCCUUACCAGUGUUAGCCCUGGCCCUAACCAGUGUCAGCCCUGGGCCUAACCAGUGUCAGCCCCGGGCCUAACCAGUGUCAGCCCUGGCCCUAACCAGUGUUAGCCCUGGCCCUAACCAGUGUUAGCUUUGAGCCUAACCAGUGUCAGCCCUGGCCUUUGCCAGUGUCAGCCCUAAGCCUAUCCAAUGUCAGCCCUGGCCCUAACCAAUGUUAGCCCUGGGCCUAACCAGUGUCAGCCCUGGGCCUAACCACUGUCAGCCCUGGCCCUAACCAGUGUUAGCCCCGGCCCUAACCAGUGUUAGCCCUGAGCCUAACCAGUGUCAGCCCUGGCCCCAACCAGUGUUAGCCCUGGCCCUAACCAGUGUCAGCCCUGGCCCUAACCAGUGUCAGCCCUGGCCCUAAUCAGCGUCGGCCCUGUCCCUAACCAGUGACUGCCCGGCCCUAACCAAUGCCAGCCCCGGCCCUUACCAGUGUUAGCCCUGGCCCUUACCAGUGUCAGCCCUGGGCCUAACCAGUGUCAGCCCUGGCCCUAACCAGUGUUAGCCCUGGCCCUAACCAGUGUUAGCUUUGAGCCUAACCAGUGUCAGCCCUGGCCUUUGCCAGUGUCAGCCCUAAGCCUAUCCAAUGUCAGCCCUGGCCCUAACCAAUGUUAGCCCUGGGCCUAACCAGUGUCAGCCCUGGCCCUAGCGAGUGUCAGCCCUGGCCCUAGCCAGUGCCAGCCCUGGCCUUAACCAGUGUUAGCCCUGGCCCUAACCAAUGUCAGCCCUGGCCCUAGCCAGUGUCAACCCUGGCCCUAGUUAGUGUCAACCCUGGCCCUAAACAAUGUCAGCGCUGGCCCUAACCAGUGUCAGCCCUUGCCCUAACCAGUGUCAACCCUGGGCCUAACCAGUGUCAACCCUGGGCCUAACCAGUGUCAGCCCUGGCCCUAACAGCUUCUUUAAUUAAACUUUACUAAACAAAACACUAACAGAACAAUUUCAGGAUCGGUGUAGAUAAGAAUAAAUAGAAAAAAAAAAGUAGCGUUCUAUUCCAACAUGUGUUACAUUGUAUAAAUGCUUCUUGGGGGGGGGGGGGGGGAANUGUCGACCACGACUUGUCCUAUAGUAACAACAUGCGGCUACAUGCGCCACUAACCCUCAAUAAGAGUAUUCUAAGAAAUGCAGCGGUGAAUUUUAUAGAUAUAACAUAUUUAAAGAGGUGUGGUUUGGUCAUGGAUCAGCUCGGGAAGUAUACAGACCCACCUUUGUUUUUUUUUAGAUAAUGAUUUGAAAAGAGAAAUGUUUGAAAAAAAAAAAAAUAAUAAAAAAAAUAAUAAUGAAAAUAAUAAUGAAAGAAAUAUAAUAAAAAUAACAAUGAAUUAAUUACUAAAUAAUAAAUAUAUCGAAAAAUAUUUUGUUCUGUCAAAGCACAAUGAAAACCUACACAAAAUUAUAAUAAAAAAUCCCAAAAUAUAUGUUCUCUUCAAACUGAGAGCCCCUUAGUUAAGAUCAGGUGGCCUCAAAUUUAAAUAAUCCGGGGGCCGCAGGAGGUAGAGUAAGCGUGAGACUGGGCCGCAUUAAGUAUUCCACACAAAAAGCGGUCACAUAUUUAUUAAAGUACAACUGUUACCAGCUGCUAAACCUAUAUUAAUAACAAAUAAAAACAUUAAGGGUUCUCAAGAACUUCACUUCCUUCCUCUUAGUCCUUGUUGCCAGAGAUCUGGCGGCGCUUCUUCUUACACAGCUGAGCAACUUUGGCUAGAGUUAGGAAGAAACUGAGAGCCUCACUAUAGCUUAAAGAUGCUCAUCAGUAAGUUUGGCCCUAAAUUUCGACUCUUUAUAGUUCAUAAGUGAAAAGAGCUUUUCACACAGACAGGUACUCCCAGAAAGGCACAUUAUCCACUUAAACAACCUGGAAAUUUCAGGAAAGGUGGAGGGCAAUGCUCUCAUAUAGUGUCCAUGCUUGUAUGUUUUUCUAUUCACUUCUCUGAACUUAGAAUUGUACUGAAGAUACAUCAGCUCCGUUUGAAGAAGAAAAAAAAAGUGGGGUGAAGGGAUCUUCCAAAUUAAAGGAGAAAGGGUCAGCAAAUGUUGAAAAAUGGCUCAGUGUGUUUUGAAGUCUAUAAAAAUGUGAUCAAAUUCCUCCUGUAGCUUUGCAAUUGCAUCAGUAUACCUACUACUGACUGAUGUGCCCGAGUCCAUGAGUACUUUGCAUGUUGGGAAAUGGCAGAGGUUUCUCUAAGAGCCAUAACACAAGUUUUGUACAUAAUGCCCUGACAUUGUCAUAGGCAACACUGAAAAGUUGCCCCCCUGGUCUUGUGACUUUUUUCUGAGUACAUUCAGCUCUUGUGUAAUAUCAACAAGAAAAGCCAAGUCCAUAAGCCAUUUGGGAUCACUUAGUAUAUGAAAAACCACUCCAUUCUUCCCCAUAAAGGUUUUAAAUGCUAAACGUGUUCAAACAGUAGGCAGGAGCAGGCAAUAUUCAUAAAUUGAUUCAAAGAAAAAUACUAUUGUAGGGAGAAUGAAUUUUGAUUUUUAAUCUAAGAAAAGCCUUUUUGACUAACCCUAUUUUGCAAGUGACCAAGCUGACAGGCUCGGAAUUUCCCACAGUCGUAAACACUAGUGGCAAUUUUAAAAGAGAUUCUUGGAUACUGUCGCCACGAUUUACAAAAAUAUGGUUGUGCAUUACCCAGCAACUGACCUUUUAAAAAUUUUCUCAAAACCGCCCUUAAUAAUCAACGUUCAAAAAUAUACAAACAAUCAAAAUCAGAAUUAGACUAGCCAGUGAGAUUCGACUGAAACCGUCGCGGAGGAUCACAUUAUAGAUAUGAGAAUAAGGAAAACGUGCGGGCCGCAUUAAUACUAAACUUUGCUGUCAUGUAGCUAGCGGGCCGCAAAAUAUCGUCUUGUAGGCCGAAUAUGGCCCACGGGCCGCAAUUUUGAGACCCCUGGUUAAGAUGUAUCUGAACAAUAUGGAAGGUUAUCUGCAUGUUCAACUACGAAGUGUCCGCGCAACUCCUUCAAGCAAAACCUUGGAUUAAUCUUGUCGCCCAAGUGGAGGUCCCGCCGUUAUCAGUUGGGGAAUCCAGAAUAAAAGUCACUGGAAUAUUACAAGCAGGAAACAAUAUUGUUAUAAUUGUAAGUAGUCAAGUCAUUCAUUAGUAUAUACCGGUGUAUAUGUAUGUAUAUGACCUUAAUGUGUUUACAAGAUGAUUAUAUAGCGUUUGGAUAAUCUCUUAAAGAAAUAUGCCAGUAUCACAGACGUCAGUAUUAUAGGUAUGGUAUUUACAUGUCUAUUAAUAGACUAGGCACGUUAUAAAAUAAUUAUUUUAAAAAAACAACAAAGAAACGUUUAAUAAUAUAGCAAACUUUGAAGCUUUAUUAAAUGCCAUUCGAGAAGACAACAAAUAGUCUACACUAUUAAUUGAGAAAACAAUGUUUGUUGUGUACAUGAAUUUGGAAAGAAAGUAAUGAAGAAAACAACUGUAUAAAUCAGGCGUCAAACUUAAUUAGGAAAUGUUUCCUGGGCAAAGUUUGUGUGCAUAACGAACACUCAAAUAGUGUUACCACCUCCGGGCGUUUAAAUUAAUGUAUGAAUGAUGUUGAGGCCUUGCUGUGUCCAUGCUUCAAAUCUUAUCAAGCAUUUUAUUUUCAUAGGGAAUUUGUACAUAAGCUUGGGAAUUUCAAUAAAAAAAUUUGACAUUUUAUAACCACUGACGUUGGAAUGGUGAAGCAGAGUACUAUGCAUUUUAAAAAAAGUGCUGCUAGAGCACUCUUUAUGGCUCAAGCAGCACUUUUUAAAAUAUUUAUUAUGGAGCAGAAUUUUCUACCAACUGAAUAGUUUGUUGUUUUUUUUUUGUUGUUUUUUUUUGUUGUUUUUUUUUUCGGGGGGGGGGGGGGGGGGGGGUGGUUUUUGGGGGUUGGGCUCGGAAUGACACAAACCCUAGUUAUGUCACUGGGGGUACCACGCCUAGAACAUUCUAAUGUGUUGAUUUUAGUCAAUGGUAUUUUCGGGGGGGGGGGGCGGGGGGCGUGGUUUUUGGGGGUUGGACUCGGAAUGACACAAACCCUAGUUAUGUCACUGGGUGUACCACGCAUAGAACAUUCUAAUGUGUUGAUUUUAGUCAAUGGUAUUUAGACGAGGUUCGUUUGAUCUACUCUUCAAAAUUUAACUACGAAUGUACAGACAACCUUCCAAAAUGCUAAUAAUCUAGUAUUUAGUAACCAGUUAGUUUGUGCUAGUAUGAUAAGUGUCGGUGACCUGCCAUUGCAUAGGACCUUCAGACAUGGGCCUUGCAACUGAAGGCGUAUGUUUUGAUUGAUGAAAUGGUGCUUAGUCCAAUGGACUUGUCAACAGGUGGUUCCAAUUAGUGUCCAUCAUUCAUGGACACAAUCCGGUGUUCACUGUUAAAUCGGUCAUUGUUUCCAAUAUAAUUUUUGACCUUAGUUUUAAUGUUAUUUGAAUUAAAAAACUGCAUGAAAAUUUAUACAAAAAUUAAUUCCCUAUAAUUAAAUUAAUUCUAACCCCGACGAUGUCAUGGAUAUUCUUUUAUAUGUGCACAAGCAUGGUUGGGUUAAAGUAGUAGAUGUGUUGCUGUAGACAUUGUUUUUCAAGGCAAGUUGAGGAAGUUAACUGAACCCCUUAUCAUAAAAUCUUUGGCCUUACUUGAAAGCUGAUACCACACAACAUUGGAGUACACUUCUGUUGCAUAAUACUGUGAUAGCAGAGUAAUUGAAUUAUGUGGUACAGACAAUUCAUGAUAGAUAAGAUGCGCUUUACUAAAAUCGACUAUGGCUCAUGUAUUUGUUUAAACAUCUGCGUUAGAAAAAUUCAGAAUAAUUUUCCGAUUACGAAUCUGAGUAUUGACUCUGAUUCUGGACUUCUUUUCGACUCCUUCUCCGGACCAAGCUAAAAAAAAAGUGCGUGUUCAGGGGAAACAAUCCUACAACUUAAUAAAGAUAGCAUAACCUUCAUGGGCUCUCCAGUGGAAUCGACGGGAUAUCAAAAGUGGUUCAGUUUGGAAAUAUCUAAAGUUUUACCUAAUUGGGGAUAUAUGCUCUUUAAUUUAAUACUCUUUUCAGCAUCAUCAAAAAUGACAGUAAACUCUAAAUUAAGUAAGAAUAAUUUUAAUUUUAAUUUUUUUCAAAAAUAUAUUUUAAAACGAAACAAAUGAACCUUGCAAGGAUUGGGUUGAACCUUGUUAAGAUUGUAUUGAACCUUGUUAAGAUUGUAUUGAACCUUGUAAGGAUUGGGUUGAACCUUGUUAAGAUUGUAUUGAACCUUGCAAGGAUUGGAUUUAUCUUGUGACAUGGUAUAAGUUAAUGUAAAAGAACGCUGUUAAAGCUCGACACUCUAUGAAGCAGGACUAGGAUGCCAUCUGUGAUGCUUACCGCUGAUGAAUCAUUAUCUGUGAGAUAUAUCUUCUGAGCCCUUCAAAGUCCUCCGUCAGACAUGAUUUUUUUUUUUUUGUUUUUUUUUUUUAAACACCUCCACAUUUUACAAGAAAAUCGUUAAAACGGGAUGUUAUUUUAACCCUAAUCAGAGAGCAGGCGAAGCCCCAUGCGGAAUGUCCACAUUGUUAAGCCCUUCAAAGUCCUCCGUCAGACAUGAUUUUUUUUUUUUUGUUUUUUUUUUUUAAACACCUCCACAUUUUACAAGAAAAUCGUUAAACCGGGUUGUUAUGUCAACCCUAGUCAGAGAGCAGUCGAAGCCCCAUGCGUAAUGGCGACAUUGUUGUCAAAAUAACUUCACGUGUUUACGCGGCAAGCAACAUUUUGUUGGUAUUGACAAGAUGUCUGUCAACAUGACUCGCUUCUCGGCAAACCGCGGGCCAGGGCGCAAUGACAGUUACCAAACACAAACAUUUCGAGCAAUCAUUCUGUUCAGCUAUGUUGAAGGACCUGUCCAUAGUUUAUUGUCUCUCUUUAAACAAUACCGCAAGAAUCAUCAAUUUACCAAAAAAAAAGAGCUUACAACAGUGGUUCUCAAUCUGUGGGUCGGGGCCCCUUUGGAGGUCGAAUGACCCCUUACACAGGGUUCGCCUAAGUCCAUCGGAAAACAUAUAUUCUCUACAGUUAUGAAGUAUCCACGAAAAUAAUUUUAUGGUCGGGGGUCGCCACAACGUGAGGAACUGUAUUAAAGGGUCGCGGCAUCAGGAAGGUUGAGAAACGCUGCCAAAGAACGAUGGUUCUCAAAUAAAAGUACUUUUGAAGUUACUGUUGAACGAAAAAUGCCACCGCAAAUCAUAACAUGGCAGAACGAUUGUCGCAAAGCCGGUGACUGUAAGAAGUAGUGUCCUAAAUGUUAAAGAAAGUCUCUCUGUUCCGUAACUACUACAAAGGCGAACAUAAAGAUCACUGCGUUAAAUUAAAUGUAAGGGUAAAUUGAGAAUAAAUUUUGUGACGCUUUUAAAAAAAAAUUAAUUUUUAAUAUGAAGUGUCCGAUUUAGCUCACAAAUACUUGAUUAAAGUUACGCCUUUCACAGUAGCGAAGAGAGAAGGGUGCGGAGGGGGUUGUUGUCCAGGUCAAAUCCUAGGUGACCUCUGUACCCAUCCAGAUUUUAUUGUUAUGUUUAAGUGACAUUUGAAAUAUCAAGUCUCUCGGAGCUCACUGCUGAUUCGGAACAAGGGUCGAAAUCAAAUCAAUGACGUAUUUGCGGUGGUGAUUUCAAAAAAAAAAAAAAAAAAAAAAAAAAAAAAAAAAAAAAAAAAAAUUAAAUAAAAAAAAAAAAAAAAAAAAAACAUAUUUGGGGGGGUAAUUUAAAAAAAAAAAAAAAAAAAAAAAAAAAAAAAAAAAAAGUUGAUUAUUUACUUAAUUGAUAGAAAUUGCGAAAUAGGAAUUCUUAGUUUCAACCGAAGAGUUUCAUUUCUUAUUGCACAAUUCUGUAAUUGCAGCAUAACAUCUCAUGUACAAUUCUAAACUGCAGCAUGGUAUCCUCACAGCCCUGUUUGGUGAAGCGAUACAAAAGAUCAAGUGUUGAUAACUCUGAAUAGCCAUGUAGUCGGUGCACACACACAAAAAGGGGGCGUGGGUGGCGGUUGGCUCUGGGAAAUCAGUGACCUCAAUUUCUACCAUGUCGACAACGCACUUUCCAGUUUGUGUGUGUUAAACUGUCGUCGUUUGAUGAGACCGACAACUGCUAAAACAAUGCUGGGCCCGAAUCGAUCUCUCCUUUUAUUGUAGCAGCUGUCGUAAGGUUACAAACCCGACCCCGUACUAAAACAAUACUGGGCCGGUAUCGAUCUCUUCUUUUAUUAUAGCAGCUGUCGUAAGGUUACAAACCCGACCCCGUACUAAAACAAUACUGGGCCGGUAUCGAUCUCUUCUUUUAUUGUAAGAGCUGUCGUAAGGGUACAAACACACCGACUUCAUCUAUUUUCGGCUUGUUCACUAUCCUGGGCAGAAGUUUCGAAGUGUCUCGGAAAUAAAUGUUGAUUAGAUAACAUUUUUAUUAAAUCCUAUGUUAUAUUAACUUCGCUUUUGUUUGUGGCUGGCUGGGUGGCAAAAUCUUCGGGCGGUUAAUUGACCGUCAAGCUAUCGAGCUGAAACUUGACACAUAGCUUCGCUGCCGACAACACAAUCUGUCAAUUUUAAGCCCCCCGCUCCCCCCCCCCCCCCCCCAGCUAAGUUUUAACGCUACCAGAUGCCAGUGAUUUAACGAAAUUAAACUCCCGAUAACUGCGCUAAAAAUGAGGCUCUUAAAAAUAUCGCAGGUGCGUUUGGUGCGUAAUAGUUACUUUUGUUUUACCGAAAUAGUUGGUGAAAAAAUCUGUACUGUAAAACCCGAUGUAAAAUUGGAAUAUUAAUAUAGUUCAGAGGCGUUUAAAAUUAUGCAGCUGCAAGGCUUUUUUUUGUUGUUUUUUUUUCCUGUUUUUUUUUUUUUUGAGGAGGUUUUGGGUUUCUUAUAAAGGAAGUUACCUGAAUGCAUGUUUUGAAAAAUGCACAUUUUCAGCCCCAAACCCCUUGCCCAGUUAUUUUACAAAAUUUUUUUUUUUUUUUUUUUUUUCUUUUUUUUUUUUUUUUUUUUUUGAGGAGGUUUUGGGAUUCUUAUAAAGGAAGUUACCUGAAUGCAUGUUUUGAAAAAUGCACAUUUUCAGCCCCAAACCCAUUGCCCAGUAAUUUUACAAAGGAUUUACACGGAAAAAAUGUUUUUUGGGCACUAUUUUAACAUGUAUGUUAAGUAACAUUAAUUCUCAUACAGUUGCAUAUAGACCUUUAGGGUUCUGUUUUUUCGGUUCGCGUUGUUUACCAAUAUUUUUCUAUCAAAUUUAUGCAAAUAUUUAAUUUCGUUUUCUUAAUCUUUAUUCUAUUUGUUUUUCUUCGAUCUCAAUAUUAUUCGGCUAGGUUUCAUAUUGACAGUUUUGGCAAGUUCAUUUUUGCCGGAAAUGGCGUCGAAUUUAUGAAAUCUUUUCUUCGUAACAUCUCACCACAUCUCUUUUAUUGUACUGGCGCGUAUUUGAGAAUUCAGAGAUUCGUUUUUUUUGGCAACCACUGGGCCAGUCUGAUAUUACUGGUCUUAUCUCUUGCGGUGUCUAAUCAAAUAUGUGUGCUUUCGUGUUAAAGUGCUGCAUAAAAAUCUUUAUUGUAUCUGAAUUCUUGCAUAAUUAAAUGUCAAAUUGAUCAACCUUGUUGUUUUAUUACUCCCCAUCAGUGGCGUAGGAAGGAGGGGGUGGGGGGGGGGGCUCCUGAGGGUGCGGUCCGCGUCGGGUGGCACGUUUUUCCUUUAUACGGAGGGGCGGCAUUUUUUGGCCAACUGCAGAGCUUUGUUCAUAGUGACGAGACGUCGAAACCUCGAUCCGCUCCGGGUGCCACUUGCCUUCCUUCUAAAAUUUUCUUCUGACUCAAAUUUCGAACAACCCUCUUCACCCUUUCUCCCCCUUUCUCUUUCUCCUCCAUCUCUCACGUCUGACAUUUUCAAUUACUUUUCAGCGCUGUGCUUGCUUCUCUCACUUUUUCUCUUCUCUAUUCUUUCUUGUAUCACAUUUUUGUCUCUAGUUUAGAUCCAUCCCGAUUCUAGUAUUCCCUCCUCUUUUCUCCUUUCUCUUUUCCAUGUUGUCACUAUCUCUCCAUUCUCUGAUCUCUACGCCCCCCCCCCUCCCCCCAAAACACACACACGUCGACCACUCAAGUGUGUUAAAAUACAAUCAUAAUUGGAAUUUCCCCACUAUAAUAAUAUUUAGAUCCAUCCCGAUUCUAGUUUUCCCCCCUCUUUUCUCCUUUCUCUUUUCAAUGUUGUCACUAUCCCUCCCUUCUCUGAUCUCUACGCCCCCCCCCCCUCCCCCCAAAACACACACACGUCGACCACUCAAGUGUGUUAAAAUACAAUCAUAAUUGGAAUUUCCCCACUAUAAUAAUUUCAACCCCACCCGAAUGUUUAAUCACGUGAUCACGUUCACCUGUGACAUUUUCACCAGCGUCGCUCGAUAAUUCUGAUCGGAUAUAAAUAGAUCUUCCGAGUUAUAUGUCUGCUACCGCAUUUAUCACAUGGCAUUGACGCCACUUGGGUAAAAAAUCUAUUUUAAAAAAUGUUGGCUUCAAAUGGCAACUUUUUAAUGAACACCUUCUUUCUUGCCUUUAUAACCCAUAAUAAACCCCUGCUAUUUUUUUUUCCUUACAAAUAUAAAGUUAUUGCAACCAGAUUUAAAACUUACAUUAUUUAACAUAAAAUAAAGUUUUGAAUAACAGAAACUUUUGAUGUAUUAACUAGUAAAAAAAAAUCAACAGUGUCACAAAAAAGUGACAUUUUGAUGCAAUAACUAGUGAUAAAUCCACAUAAUCACAAAAAGUGAAAGUAUUUUUUUUUUUAUUUUUUUUUUUGCGAAAAAAUAGGGGUGAGGGUGAUUUCUUUUUAACCUAAUUUCGUUUCUAAGACAGUUACCCUGAUUCUAGGUUAUUCAAAUGUUUAUUGUUGGUCACUGAACAUGUAAAUGUGAAAAUGUAUUUAUGUUCGGAUAAUCAAUGAAAAAAUUUAUAGGGAUAACGGUGAUCAAAAAUAUUGAAAACCAAGAAACUGAAAAAAACGAAGGAAAAUGCCAAAAACAGUGAAAAUAUCUGUGAACAAUUAGAUUUAAAUUCAGAAUGUACUUAAUUUAUUAGCCUAUUGUGAACUUUUCCUUACAAUGGAUGUUUUUUUAAAAAAAACGUUUUUUUUCUGUUUAUGCGGGGGAAAAAAUAUUUUGCUUAUUUUGUAUAAAAUCAGCCUUUAACAAGUUGUGUAAGCCCAUAAAAUCCAGCUAUGUGAAAAGACCAUUCCAAAGAGCUAUUUUCUUUGCCCAUGUUCACGUAUGCUGAAAAUGCAACUCUUGAUCUUGUAGAAAAAUAUCAGUUCUUCGAGCCGUAAUAAUGGAACGAAUUUUGUCAGUAACACAGUUGUAACUUUUUCUGAUUUAUAGUGCAUAACUUUUAAGUCACUCGAGCUGCAGCAUGUAUUUUGCCCAAAAAGCAUAUUGACAGGUUGUUGUUUUUUUUGUGUGAGCCAGAAAACUCAUGAGCGGACACUCCAUUGUAAAGUAUAAUUAGUUAUAAAAUUUUUAACCAAUCACGUUUUGAAUCACAUCGGAUAAAGACACGAUGUUGAACCAAGGAAAUUAUUAUAUUCAAUGUCACAAAACAACAACAACAAAAACACGCUCCCCCCAAACACAAGAUGGAAAUGCGCGUAGAGUGAUAGUCUUUAAAAAAGUAGAUCUGAGCUCACCCACCCACCCGUUCAUGUAGCUUCUGAGCUCACCCACCCACCCGUUCAUGUAGCUUCUGAGCUCACCCACCCACCCGUUCAUGUAGCUUCUGAGCUCACCCACCCACCCGUUCAUGUAGCUUCGAUAAUUUUAGUGAUGAUACCAACCCGCCGCCGACGAUCCAGUCUUCCAGCCGUUCACUAGGUGAACACUGCACGAAAAAUCUUAAAAUAUCACGUGUCAAAACACAAAAAUAACGCCACAGCCACAGACAAGAUGGAAAUGCAAGCAGAGAGAAAGUCUUUCAAAAGAUACCAUAUCGACUCCAGCCCAAAAAAUAUCCGAAUUCCCGAACCCCGACUUUGUCAGUUUGGUCGAUUUAAAUAUUAAUGAAGCUAUGUAUGACAUUUGGUCUCUCGAGCAGGAAGUGAAAUAAAAAUGACAAAUCCGUUCUUUACAUUUCAUUAGGGAUGCUUUGUUUGUCUUUCCUCAAGGUCGGGUUGUUUAUCUUUUGGCUCAACCAAUUAGCAUUUGGCUUCCUUGUGCAAUGCAGCAUACUGAAACGCAUGUCGGUUGAUACUGAUAGGUUGUCAGGGGGAAUCACUAAAGACGUCAUCCGUCAUUUGAAAUGUAAACAUUGCUCAGCUGCAUGUGUGUGUUCGUUUGUUUGUGUGAGAGCCGACGUGUGAAGGUCUGUUUUUCUGUUACCCACAAAGAUGUGCCUGUUACCCACAAAGAUUCUGGUCAUUUGACUCUUUAUUUUGAGGCUAAAAAUUGUUACAUUCUUUUUCAAGAGUUCAUCAAUAUUCACUCGGUUUUCGUUAUGUUAAUAAAACAAAAAUUGCUGUAUUCAGUUAUUGUCACAGUCUAACUAAAAAAAAAUUUAAAAAACACCCCCCCCCCUUCAAUGAAUGACUGGUCAUAACGGGCGUGGCGGGCACAUGUCACGUAACGAAACAGUUUGAUUUGCCCUGGGUCAUUUUGUAAGACAGCAACACUACCGAGAAGAAAAAAAAAACAAAAACAAAAAAAUAAACGUUGAAAUUAAUGUAAAUAUAAUUCCUUUGGAUUGACUUCUGUUGGGAUGCCGAGACAAGGUUUUGAACAGAGUUUUGGGGUACAUUAGUUUUAAUUACAAAAUGAAAGAUAUUCUCAUUGUAGUUUUUAAAACACUUUUUAUUAAGAAACAAGCCCCAGAUAUCUUAUUUAGUUGGAUUCUUAAAUGUUAUACAGACACAACCACGUGUGAAGGCGGAUCCUGUUAAAAAAAACAACAGAAACUGACAUUAAUGAAACUAAGCCCACCCUCUAUCUCUAUAGGUUUAUUUGCACUUAUGCAAACAAGUGAUUAUCCAAAGCUAGUAGGACGUGCGAUUACGUGUUGCCGGGCUUUGGACUCUGCGCUGCUAUGAAGACAAAUACAAAUUUAAAAAAAAAAACGUUAUUACGUCGCUCCACUACUCCACUCCCUUCAUUGGCUCCCUAUACGGGCACGCAUUGACUACAAGUUGUCUGCUCUCUGUCACAACUUUUUCUCGGAUUCCUGCCCUUCCUAUCUAACCGAACUUCUUUCUGUCUAUUCACCCCUUCGACAGCUUCUCUCCUCCGCAGACACGCGUAUUCUGUCUAUUCCCAAGACACACACUAAAACAUUUGGUGAACGAUCUUUCUCUUUCUGCGCCCCCAAACAAUGGAAUUCUUUGCCACUACACAUCUGCAAUAUACCAACCACCCAGGCCUUCAAAACUGCACUCAAAACACAUCUCUUUAAACUCUACUACCCUGACUGAUUCCCCUCCUCUGACCGACAAAUGAUCUUAUUGGCUGCCGUCCAUGGUUUGCCUUGUAAAAGUCCUUGGGUUCAUGCUGUUCUUUAUUUCAUAAUUGUAUUUGAUUUAAUGUCAUGAUUAUUUCUCUUUUGAAAAUAUUUGUAUGUACAGCGCGGUGAGCCCAGCCCUAAACCAUUAAUUAUUAUUAUUAUAUGUGUGAUCGUAUUUUAUCAAACAUAAACAUAAGCCUGCUUAUUUAAUAAGUUUUUUAGUUCUUAGUCUUAUUUUUAGACGUCGAAUAAUUAAAUCUUAUUUAUAGAAUUCGAAUGAUUAACUGUAUUUUUCUAUUUUAUACAGAUUCUUCAUUUGGCGAGAUAAUUUUUCCUGUGACAUCGCUCGACUCAAAAUAAACUUCACCUGUAAUCAUAAUUAACUUGCCAGUUAUUCGUACUGAAGGCACUGAAGGAUCCCUUUCAGAGUUCAAGUCAACAAAUUUGGAAUUUCAAGAUUAAUCUUUCCAGCAAUAAAGUAAUUUCCGAAGAACUGGUUCAAUCUUUUGUGAAACGUUAAUUGACCAAACCAUCUUUUCUUCGAGCUGUUCACAUUGUGUUGUCAAAAUCAUCGCCAUUCUUCACUGAUCAUCGAGUCCCGAAAACACCAGCAUGGCCAAGUGGAACCAGAGAUCGAGCAUCUACCAAGUGACCCUCAUGUUUAAUUAUUUCAUAUUUCUAGUCUACGCCUUGGCUUUUUGCAUUCCGACGUGGUGGGGUGCGGGAAAUUUUUAUGGCCUGUGGGUUGAUUGUGUUGGAACAGACACGUCUAUAAUGAAAGAUUGCCAAAAGCACGCUUUUGGGGACGACGUUGGUAAGUACAUCAUUUUCAAUUUUAACGAAUCAACCUUCCUAUAUACACGCAGUUGUGGUUUUAAAUUUUAAAAAUAAAAAAAAAAAUAAAAAAAAAAAAAAAAAAAAAAAAAAAAAAAAAAAAAAAACACAAAAAAAAAGCCGACCUUGUUUAACUAAUGGGCAGUAAUGGGUAGCAGCCACUUCCCAUGUUACAAUUUUUUUCCAAAGUCCUUUUCAAGGACAGCAUUUUUUUUUUCCGUUUGACAAUUUUAAAAUAUUUUUACAAAUUAUUUUGUAUAAAUAUUUAUUAUAAUUAAGAUAUUUACAUUGGUGUAUUUUGUAGCCGGGGUCGUGCGAAUGGGACCAAAAUGGGGUGGAAUGACAGGUACAUCAAUUCAUACUAUAAUGUACAAUCACAAACGCUGGCAUUUUUACUUACUUAAGUGUAACUAUCAGCUACUGGCCAUAAAAUAAGUUUGUAUUGUCUACAUCAUUUACCUCUAUGACACGGGUAUAAAAAUAUAGUUUUUGUAAUAGUAAUAAAAGAAAAACCAGAUCCUUUCAAGGCUUAGACCGAGACACAAUGGCGUAACUAAGGUUAGUCCAGUUUUCUGAAAAUAACCCCCCUCCCCCUUUUUUUUUUCCAUAUAAAAAAAGUGUCGCCUGGGGUGAAUUGACCCUCUCCGCAUCCCCAUUUCAUACGUCACUACCGAGACACUUGGUUUUCUCAUGUUUAAAUUUAAAAAAAAAAUAUUUCUUAGCUAUAUCUGGAAAUAUUAAAAUAAACGAAAAUUGAUUGUAUUCUUCAAAUACGACUUAAGACAUACAUGGAAAAAAAGAUGUACUUUUUUUUUUUUUUUUUAAAGAUGGGCACUGGGUUUCACGCUCCGGAAAAAAAAAAAAAUAUAUUGGCGUCCCUCGUUUGAUUGACACCUGUUCCCAACGUUUGCCCAUCCCUCACUUUGAUCGUUCUUGUGUCAUUUCAUCAAAAUGACUCUGACCUCCUACCCCCACUCAAAUUUAACAAAGAAACGCCACUGCUUGAAUGAAUAGAGGUUAAAAAAGACAGUGAACCACUUACGGUAGGCUAUAAAAGAAAUAGUAAUACGUAGUUAUUUUAACCUCAAGAAAUGUUAUUUCAGCCUGGUAUGACGGCGUGAGAGGCGUGUGGGUUGGUGGCAUGGCGUGCUACGUUUUGGCCGUCCUGUACAGUUUGGCUGAGAACUGCUGUGGACGUGAGGGAAGUCGAGACUACGGCAUCACAGGGAUUCUAACAUUUCUAGCGGGUGAGUAAUUUUGAACGUAAUUUUUUUUCUUUCAAGAUUCAUUUAGCCCUUAAAAUUCCUUAUUUUAUUCUUUAACAAAGAAAAAACCAAAACUUGCACGUGUAAAAACUCAAUUAACCUGGAAACUCCCUAAAACGCCACAUCACGUAUAAUACUAUUUUUUUUUUUGGGGGGGGGGGGGCGGGGGGUAUACGUCUUUUAAAAUAAGUUAAAUUACUUGUGGGGUCCUCUCGGAUACUACAUUGCAGAUAAGUGUUUAUUUAUAACCUGUAUAUUGUUUUACUGUAUAUUGCUUUACUGUAUAUUGUUUUACUGUAUAUUGCUUUACUGUAUAUUGUUUUACUGUAUAUUGUUUUACUGUACAUUGUUUUACUGUACAUUGUUUUACUGUACAUUGUUUUACUGUACAUUGUUUUACUGUACAUUGUUUUACUGUAUAUUGUUUUACUGUAUAUCGUUUUACUGUACAUUGUUCGCUGAAGAAGAGUUGUUGCCGUUUUUGUUUAGCGUCAUUUUUUUUCCAGGGUUUUUCCAUACUUUGUUUCGCUUAUUUCCCUUUAAGUUAAAGUUAAAUAGAUCAGGUUAGGGAAAGCGUGUUAGUUAUGCUAGCGUCCACUUACAGUUUACUUGGAUGCUAUUAAAGCAAACAUUUUGUUUACCUUUUUUGGGGUACAUUUAAAAAAAAAAAAGUUCUUUGUAUUCUUCGCUGACGAAAGCUUCCUGCCGACAUGUCCGUUAUUUAGUCUGUUUCCUUUUCUUUAUAUUAACUAUUGCUUCAACCUAAACGCAGUCCACCAAAUAUAUUACACUUCAGACUUAGACAAAUUGUUACGAUCUUCCUCCGUGUUCUGGCAGGUAGUACUUUGCCUCAAAACGGGGUGUUUCUGCCACACUUGGUUUAUUAAAUAUUACCACCUCGGCGCACUGUCCAAUAGUUUUUCUCUUUAUUAACGAACACGAUAUAGUAUACCAAGGCAUGCUUCACACACCAACCACUCUAGCUAUAACUCAACGCACUGACUAUAACAAAAUAACACCACGAACUGAACUCUAUGAACUGACUUCGAGGACUGCCUUUCACCCGGUGUUCACACAUCCUUUAAACAUCUCACUUUUUUUUACCGACCUUGCAAACCCCGACCAAUCACAACUCGCCCUCUCAAACUAUUCACCACUCACGACCAACAACUAUUCCAUACACUUACACAAACAAUCGAGCUGACAAAUCCAGUUCACAACUCAAAUGAAGGCCUUUAAAAAAAAAAAAAGAAGCUUUUGAAACUAUCGUAUCAUGUAUGAUUUAUGAUGUAUGUAGUGGUAGACAAAAUAACUACCUCUCAUCUCGUGUUCAACAGGAGCUUGUGGUGCCGCAGGUGUCAUUACGGUGGCUGUGGAACUGGAGACUAACGUAACAAUUCCAACGGCAGUUAGGACAUUGGGAUACGAUCACAUAGAGUACUACUGGGGUUACAUGCUGGCUUGCAUCGCUAGCGCCCUCGCCCUCAUCCUCGCCCUGGUGCUACUCAUCACGCGCAACACCACCAAACGUGACAAAGCCAAAGAGUCCCGAACAGCUGAUUACGUCUUCUCGCAGCCCCAGGCCAACCCGUACACUCCCGAGUACACCAACCACGGCUACGCCCGGGACGACAUCCCUCUGGCCAACGGAGUGACCUACCAGCACACCCCGGCCAAUGGCUACGCCAUGUACCAGAGUGUGCCUUACAACGGCAACAGCUUGCCCCCGGCCAGGAACGGGGCAAAGUACGGAUACACAGGCAACGGCUACGACGUCGGACGACCGAACCAACGCCACAGCAUGGCCGAGUCUGCAGACCUGAGCAACGGCUACACUCCGGAGUUGAUACAAGCAGAGCACACGCUGAGUAGAGUGCAGAAUGGCCCCCGGGGGGUCGGGGACUAUGCAAGAAACGAUUACGUUGGCGGCAGAAGCGAAUAUUACAUGAACGGCAGUAGGCCUUACUAGUAGGCCUGCAUGUUAUAUCGUGAUUGAGUGUUUAAAAAAUGUUAAACGUUCUGCAUAAAAUAUAGGCCUAUACGUAAAAUUUAUUGUCUAAAAAGAGACCAAAAGGAAAAUGAGAACAAAAAAAAUAUGAAUGAAUUCCAAUCAUAAUCAUAACGUUGGUAACCUCUAAUUAAAACUCCAAAAAUAUGACCAAAUUUUAUUUAUGAAUAAUUAUACUUUAGGCUUAAUGAAAAUCGUAGUAUCAAAUAUAAAUUAAUAUUUUAAAUACACUUGGACACAUUGAAACAGGGCAGUUAUAUUUUUAAGAACAAAUUUGUGUUUAAAAAAACAAGUGCCGUUCAUGCUACAUACACUUUUAUAUUACAUUUAUCCUCUGUCAUGAACACUCACUCCUGUCAUGUUCUAUGUCACUUACAUGUGACAUAUGACACAUACAUAUGACAUAACAGAAUAUUUAAAGAUAAAACAGGGAGGUUGGAGAAGUAAACCAUUCCAGGUUACAGCCAUAUAAACCUUCAAAGGAGGUCAGUCAGGUGUAAACAGAAAAUAUCUUUCUUUCCUUUUCUGACAAGAAAAACUUUUUGAAAAAUAUAUCAUUGAGUUAUCAUUAGGUUCAUACUAGAUCUUUUCAUUGCGUUAUUAUUAGGUUAAUACUAGAUCUUUCCAUUGAGUUAUCAUUAGGUUCAUACUAGAUCUUUUCAUUGAGUUAUCAUUAGGGUAAUACUAGAUCUUUUCACCUCUAAGAAUUAAGCAAGGACUGAGAUUUAUUAACACCAAUAUAGAACAUAUUUUGAUUAUAACAUUAUUGGUACGCAAAAGUAAUUAAUUUAUUACACCUUUAACACAAACUAUAUUAGAAACUUAAUUUUCUUUUUUUUUUGUUGAGAUGUUGUAGUACACCCAACACAACUGUAAAUAAAACCUUCAUUAAAUAACAGAAGGAAAACUAUGCAAAAGUAUGUAUUGUACAUAACCAUUGAAAUAUUGUUACAAUGUGUAGCAUUAAACCUCUGCAUACACUAAGGCUGUGUUGAAGUACGAGUCUGGUUGAAUAUGUCACAGGAGGAUUACCAGUCCAAUUAUUAAAAUGCUUUCAUUUGUUUGUUUUGUUGGUUUUUUUUGUUGUUUUUUUUUUGUUGGACAGAAGCUGCCUUAAUCAUCCUUUCCAACAAUCUUGUAAAACUGAAGGAUGAUGUUGCAUGGGUACUGGAGUGUUUCAAAGUUUUGUUGUGUUAUGAAAGAGUGUUCAAGUGGCUGAGGGUUCUUCAAACCUUGUAUAACUGAAGGAUGAUUUUGCAUGGGUACUUGAGUAUUUCAACAUUUUGUUGUGUUAUGAAAGAGAGUUCAAGUGGCUGAGAGUGAGGAACAGUAUAGCUGUUAAAAUCGGCGCUGGAGUUUUUUAUAAUCAUUGAAUCAAAAUGAUGGCCAUGAUUUGCUGUAGGUUUAAUGGGGCUCUAACAGUACGGGAAUAGGAACAAAUAUAGGAUGAUAUUUUUGUGCAGCCAUGGAAUUUUAAAUUUAGCCUUACAAUUAACCAAUUAGUUGCCUUACAAAUCUGUAAUUGCCUGUUAAAUGCUAUUGCGGACAUAUUAUUUUCCAUUGUUUUAAAGUAGUAAAUGAUAGUAGUUGAGAGCAAAUAAAAGAAAUAAAAUAAGAAUGCUCUGAAAUUCACACAAUUUAAAAAAAUAUUAUCAUAUUCCAUUGACCAAGUAAAUGAAGUGUCUUUUAAACAUAUUUUAAAAUGGUAAUAGUAGUUACAAUAACAAUUAAUAUUAUUAAUGACAUUUUAGCUGCUGUUACCAGUUAUAAUUAUAUAAACUUUUGGGGAAAAAAACAAGUCCCAUCCAUAUGAGAAAUGCAUUUUUUGUUCGUAAGAGUGUUCAUGAAAUGUACUGAAUUUGAAUGUCCAUGAGAGUGAGUUUUGAUUGUUGAAUUUGCCUUGAGGAAGUGAAUAUAACAUAUCAUUAUAAAAAUAAACUUGUACCAAAUGUUUUUUUAAAAUAUUUUGAUAAAUAACCAAUCAAUUAAACAUUAUGUUCAUUAUUCAUCAAUAUAUAUGCCAAAUAUCAUAUGGCAAUAUGUAAAUCAUAGUAAAUGCUUUUACAUUCAAUUAUCCCAUAUGAAAAUUUCAUUCGGCUUAUUUACUUAGAUCAGUUACUACUAUUCUCCUCUACUCUUAAUAUAAUUUUUGCAAGUUUGUUAUUGAAAAAUAAAUCAACAACCCCACUUCCGACUGAACCUCACUGCUUUGAUGCAGUCUUGAAAACAUUUAUCUAUUUGUAUUGACAUUUACUUGUAUUUAUAUUAUUAUUGUAUUUAUUGCAAGGUUAAAUAGUAUGUAGCCUACUUUACAUUAAGUGAUUGACACUUUUUAAGUCUAUUUCAUUGAGGAUAUAAUUUCGGUAGAUAAAAAGGAGGCCAAUUCUAGAGUAACAUUUUUUUCCAAAGGUAUUUUGUAAAGUUUAAUGAAUAUCAAGCUAUCCAUUUAUUUUUAUUUUGCUGUAAUUCUUUAACUAUUUGAUAAAAUAAUUUUUAAAAUCUUUAUUGGCGUAGGGUUAUAAAUGAAUACAUCUUUAUUUAAAAUCAGUUCUCUCAGCAUUGUUUCUGUACUGUUUUAUAUUUGGUUCACCUCUGAUCAUGUCAAUCAAUGAUUGUAUUAUUUAUUUAAUGAGUGCUAGUAUUCUAUGUAGCCCUUUAUUUAUGAUACUCUUGUUGUAAGAUGACUUAUUUUUUAUAUCAGCUGUACAGAGAAGAGAAUCAAAUGUCACUAUGUGUCACAGCAAGUGUGUGUGUGUGUGGUUGCAUUGUUGACUUCACUAUGUUUAAUAUUACAUGGAAAAAUACUGGUACAAAAAUAUGUAUUUUUAUUAUUAUAAAAAAUAUUAAACAUUACGAUUAUUUCUAAAAUCAUCUUUUUAUUAAAAAAAAAAAAAUGUGUAUCUUGUGAUCUUGCAGACCUGAGC